AUGUGGGGGGAUGUUCAAGUUAAGUGGUCGCAUUUGGAUGCCAAUGGGGCGUCGGGAGGCAUUGUCACGAUGUGGAAAAAGGAUUUCUUCAUUCUCAAUAAUAGUUUUAGAGGAGAGGGUUUCUUGGGCCUUUGUGUGGAGAAGGGAGGCAAACUUAUUUACUUUGUGAAUGUUUAUGCUUCUUGUGACAUAGCCACGAAAAAAAGAACUUGGGAAAGGAUAUGCGAGUUCAGAAAGAAUAACAAUAAAGGAUCUUGGUGCAUAGGAGGAGAUUUAAAUUCUAUCUCUUCAUUAGAAGAAAGAAUUGGAGUUUCAAUACGAAGUUAUAGGAGGGAGAUAACGAUAUUGAAUGAGUUCAUAGAGGAAAUGGAGUUGGUGGAUCUACCUACGGUAGGAGGCAAGUUUACUUGGAUUAAAAGUAAUGGCAAGGCCAUGAGUAGGUUAGAUAGAUUCCUUCUAUCGGAUUGCUUUGUAGAAGAUUGGAAGUUGGAUAGCCAACAUAUUGUUGAGAGGGAUGUGUACGACCAUGCUCCUAUUUGGUUGAAAGAUAAUAGAAAGGAUUGGGGUCCUAAACAUUUUAAGUUCAACAAUAUGUGGUUCAAGCAUGAGGAUUUUGAUACUUUCGUGUAG